CAGCGGCGUAAUCAGGAGGGAACAGGGCUGACGCGCACCGCGCCACAGAGAGCUUUGGCUAUUGAUAAGCCUGUGACGAAGGAGCGGACAGCAAACUCCCAUUGUAUGCUACCACACUUGUGCUGCGCUUAGAGGCGCACCGUGCGUUAUAAGGAGAGAAUAACCUCAUGUAAGGCUACAACGCGUGGAAAAGGAACAUAAAAAGGGAUUUUAAUCAACUUGAAAAGUGUUGAUGUCUCGAGGGAUAACCUAGCAUUAGCCUAUACUAAUGUGUAAAUAACAUUUGACUGAUCUAGUCUAUAAUAUUGUUUGGAAGCUUUGUUUUAUGUAUGCAAGUAAUUUAAAUUGGUCAGAAGAUGUUUUUCUCAUUACAUUGAUUUUUUUUUGGAUAAUGUUUGAAGUUUAUUUUAAAGCCAUCGGCUAUAACAUUUGAUGUUUUAAUUUCACACUAGGACUUUUACUGACUCGAAUUGUGUGAUACCAAACUAUCUGAGACUAUCAUCCUGACCGCAGGAGAUUGUGUUUGGAACACACCACAAAAAGAUCUUUGGGGAUUUAAUACAUCAAUUCAAGAUGGACCAAAUCAUCUUUAAAAAAGUCGCCUUACUCCCCUAGUCCCCUGACAGUGGAAUUUCGAGCUCGGUGGACGUUCUAAGUGGGAAGCGUAUAAUUGAGUAGGCAACAAUUGCUAAUUGACUGGAUAUACUUUGCUGAGACAAGCGUGGGUGUCCGUCUGCUCGCAACGCCAGGAGUUCCAAUUCCACAGAGCGAGCCGCUGUCCCUGCGCUUAGUGCUGAGGGAGAGACUCGUGCUGUUUCCAUAAAUGCUUGGUCUAUCGCGGAGAAUCCAGCCUGGGCAGCAAGAUGAGCUCGUGGGUUUGGGUUCAGCUGCUCGCGUUGUUUGCGACAUGUCUGCGGUCGGGCAGCGCAGAGGGGGAUCCUCUCCCUCCAGGUUUGGUGGAGCUGGUUAGGAGCAACCCUAUCUCUUCCAUAGAGGACCUGCAGCUGCUGCUGCUCAGUGACUCCGUAGAUGAGGAUAUUUCGGAAGAUUUUUUGCCCAGUGGACAACACUCCAACAACACUAGCAACCGACUACCAAGGAGUCUGGACGCCCAGCCGGCUCAGCAGGCGCUAUGUAAGGUGAGGACAGAGGUGAUGGAGGUGACCCGUGCCAUGUUGGACCGCAGCAACGCCAACUUCAUGUUAUGGCCUCCCUGUGUAGAGGUACAGCGAUGCUCCGGCUGCUGCAACACCAAGAGCCUGCAGUGUGUCCCCGUGCUGACGCACACCAGGCACCUACAGGUGAUGAAGAUCCAAUACGUGGAGAAGCGGCCCAACUACUCCAAGGCCGUCGUCUCGGUCCACGACCAUGUGGAGUGUCGCUGCCAGCCCGCCCCUCGCCCCCCCGGUCGUCCCCAGGAAGAAGGGCAUCCAGCCAAGGCCAGAUCCAAGGAGGAGCUGCACCACAGAGAUGAGCUGAAGCACAACCAGAGGAUCCAGCUGGAAGACCUGCUGGACCAGCACUGGAACCCCAAGGACACCUCCUCAGACGCAGGGGCGGGGAAAGGAGGCUAUGGGCUAGACCAUGACAAGAUGGAUCCUCAGUGGGUACUUAACGCCACCAACCAGCUGGGAGCUAAGGAGUGGACCGAACGUCGACAUCACGAUGACAUGGAGGAGGGGAGAGACAGUAGUAGUGUCAACGGCACUACAACCGCAAUGGACAUCGACAUGGCACAACUUGACCACGAGAAGAGAGACGGGGUCGAGACACGAGGGGACACACUAUUUAAAAUCACUGAGGGUAAUGUCAGUAGGGGAGAUAGGCAGCAGGGAAGUCUGAGUCUCAGUGAGGGGGUAGACCAGGAGACACAUAGACAACCCACACAAACACAGAGUCCCUCGCUACGCACCAACACAUCAAAGCAACAGCGACAUGGGACCAACUCCUCCUCAGAAGAAACCAAAAGCAGAGAGGGAGCCAAUCAAAGAAUGGAACAGCGAUUCUAUCCUACAGAGGAAACCAAUCAGAGGCCCGAGAGCAGAUUCCCUCCCCUUGAGGAAGCCGAUCAAAGACGUAAAGACAAUGAGACCCCCGAUUCAGAGAGGAGGCUCCAGCACGCUCUCCAACUGGAACAGGAGAAGCUGGAGCUGUUGUUACUCCACAGGAGACUGGACGAUGAGAAGGUGAGACUGCACCUGAGACGGGAGCAACAGAAACAACAGCAAGAAGAAGAGGAUCAGAAGUACCCUCGGCCUAAUCAUAAACAUCAAUCUCAAACCACCACACAAAGAACAGACACAGUGUCGCCCACUUCAACGCGAGCGCCCUCAGACCUGGCUGGUCUCCGGCCACCUGCUCAGCCCGGCCCACCUAGGAAGAGAAUGAGGAAGAACAACCGCAAGCGCAUCAGCAAGGCUGCAAUGAGAGCAAUGCUAAUGUAGAACCUACAAUCUCUCUGCAGGGAGUCAGGUGCUCGGUCUUUGUUCUGGACAAUCCAGUGGCGACACCAAGCAGUUAAUUCCUUUCUUAUGAGUUUAUAUUCAUGUGUCAGUAACCUGCCCAUCCUAUGACCGUGAGUUAUUCCCUAAUAGUACUAAUGAUUGUCUGGUGAACCCAAAACAACCCUUGGACAGAAAGAAAUAUGGGACAAGAAGAAUGGGAUGUAAAUACAUACGAGGCUGAAGUGAUCCAUCAACAUUUGUCUGAUCCGUCAAAAGAUGAUCUCCUUUUAACAGCAAGAUGUUCCCCCAGUUGGAUCAAGAACAGUGGAACGUUGGAAGAGAAUAUUCAAACAACAUUAGGACUUUGGGAGAUAUCAUUGGAACACUGGAAGACCGUUGGAACGUUCACAAGGAUGUUGGACUGUUGCUGGACAGCGCCAUUGGACCUCCCUCAUGACUUUUCAACGGCGUAGUAAAACCACCCCGGUCCGUAGAGAUCAAGUCAGUUAAAAACUCUUUGUAUGCUCUUCCGAGGCAUGGUUCAUUAUAACUCCCAAGAAGUGGACUGAUCACGCUUGUCAACGAGAGGAGAGAGAGAUUAAAAAAAUAUAUAUCUGUCCAAAUCUCCCAUUUUUCUAUGAGCAGGAGAUGCUGAAAAUACGUGUUUUUGUUUGAAAGUAUAUUUCAAAAGUACAUAUUUCAAAAAUGUUGCUCACUGGGUUCCGACAUGGAAGAAUACAUUUUAUUUUUCCAACUAGAAAGGAUACACUGGUAGAGGACCAGGAAAAUACCAUGGCGGGCAGAUACUACAGGAACAAUGGGAAAUAAAUGAUGACAUUUAUAUGAGCUAGGACUGUUGGAAUGACUGGUAGUCUUGACUGAUGCGAGCAGUAUCCCUACAUUGUACUUACGCCGCUCUAUAUGUCUCAUCUCGUCAAUGUCUCAUCUCGUUUUCUAUAAAGAUAUUUAAUUGUAUUUAAUUUGAUCUGAAACACUGGAAUUCCAUGCACAGGUUUGCAUUCUCAUGUUCAGCUGAGGCUUCCACACUUCUUUCGGAGAGUGUGGUUAAAGACGCAAGGUGCUAUACAGGGGUUGCAUUACACCUUUAUGUCCGCCUUUAACAUUAUUUAUUCCUUAUAUCACAUAAGUCUCCUGUGUUCAUUAUCAAUAGGAUUACUACAUAUGAAGCAUUUUGGGGGUUGAAUAUCGACCCCUCUUCAGGUCUCAAUAUAAUUUGAGCUGUCAGCCUUUGUGCACACAGGCCAUAGCCUAGAUUCAAUCAGAUCAAGCAUUAUCUGACGAUAGCAGACAGCCGCAUAGCGGAUGUUUUGCCGGUUUUAGAGGAGGAUUGGCGCCGCCAAAUUGGCUCAAAGUCAGAAAAUAAAGUGUAGUCUAUAUAGAAAUAAUUACACUCAAAUUAAAAACGAAUUAAACAUUAGGAUUUCUAUCAUCCUAUUCAAGGUGUAGAUUACAACUCAGUGUUCCAACUUGUAAACAAGGCUGCAAAGCAUUUCUGUUAAUGAGACUUUAGGUAUAUUGCCGGGAGCCACUUACGGAUUUGACAGCCCUAAAUCGCCAAAACAACCGGCUAAAGCGAACACGGAUCUGAUUGAAUUGAGACCAAUGUACCUACAAUGAAAAGCUUUGAAAAGGGAAAAGGUGUUGUCUGUUGCCUGCCAUUCACUGUCUGUAUGAUAGACAAGUUAUGGUAAUGACUUUGUGUCGUUGUAUAACUUUGUGUGUCAAUGUGGGUGUGCAUGUGCAUGUGUAUGUGCAGGUCUGUGCUCAACCGUGUGUAGAAUUUGAGUGUGUAUGCCCGUUUGAGUAAUUGUAAGUAUGUGAACAGAAUCAUAUUUAUGUGUUUGAUCACUAACACAAUCCAUAAGUCAGGUAGUGCCUUAUUCACAAUGCUCAUUGCUAACCAGUCCAUGUCUGCAUAGGGAACAGUAGAGAAUCAGACCUUGUGUAUCCUGAGUCUGUGUUUUACUUUAUUUAAUAAAGGCAGACAGACAGAGCAAGGGUACUGGAAUAGGAGACAUUGUCAUUUUUAACACGGAGAAUUAUGCACUAUGCAUUCUCUCUGUCAGUUUGUGACAGCACACACAAACACGCCCCAGACUGAGACCGCAGUAUUGUGACCCAGCUAAAGCAGGGAUUGUGGAGAAAUCAUACAGUGUGACAGUAAUCCUAGUUAACACCCCUUUGCUAAAAAAUGUUGACAUUUAAUAUUGAUUAACAGUAAGUUGUCCUAAAAAAAAGGGUUCGAGCUUUGUUUAUUAGUAUCCUAUGGAUUUUACAAGGAAGUUGUGUAAAACUAUUUGGUGAACAAUCUAACACUACAAUUUGAAGAAAAGAAGUGCCCUGAUAAAAGUUUCAGAUAAUAAAAUCAGCAUGGGUUAGAUGUGUCAAGCAAAGAAGCUCAGUGCUUGUAUGUGGAACCUAACUACCAGCCAAAUAUAGAAAAUGUGGCAUAUUCCAUAAUGCCUUCUUUCAACUGUAAUUAGUUAUUGUCUAUUUUGUUUUGAGUUAUCAAAAAAUGAAUGUUGUGAUAAUUGCCACUUAAUUCUAUUUUGAUAUGAUUAUAAAAAAAACAUGUGAGAAAGUG